AUGGACUAUCAAACAAGGCUCGGUGUUUCGUCAUAUUUUGUUGGCCUGGGCAUUGGGGAUGCUGCCAUUCAUAUCCUUUACUCCACCACAGGUCCUGCGGCGGACAAGACUGUCGAACGGGCCAUUUUGAUGGAUGGAGGUGGAGGAGCUAGCCCCUUCACCAUGCGCCCACACAACAACAUCAACAACACCAUCAAAGAUAUUGAAGAUGCCUUUUUCGACGCCUUCGUCAUCACCCACUGGGACCAUGACCAUUAUGAGGGCAUCCUGUGGUUUCUUUUGUGCGAUCUGAUCGAACAGCAACAGAGAAACCCACCACAGGACUUGUUGACGCGGGCUCGAUACGGCGGACCCCAGGGGAACGACCCAUUGUCCACAUUCUAUGCGCCAUACUGGGCCGGAUGCUACCAGGGAGAGAACCACCAGUACCCUGACCUGAAGGCGAGGAUUACGCGCAGGUUCCAGACUCGUCAGAUCCAACCCGUAUUGCCUCCUGUUCUGUACGCCACGGCAACACUGGAUAUCCAAUAUGGCAACCAAUGGUUUUACAACCUGCUGCGGGUGCGAGCCGGCAAAGAGCAGCUGCUUGGCAGAAACCUCUUUGAGCGCGGCGACCGGCCCCAGGGGGCAGUACCACGAGCUGGUUGUGCCACUCUAACAGAUUUGAUGAACUUGUAUCCGGCCCCGCUGUACGGGAAUGAUUUCCCAGCUGUUCCUCAAGGCUCAGAGCAGCCUGGCAUGUUUGUGGUUGCGUGUAACAUGGAGGUCGUGGGUGGGGAAAUUUACAACAACGUCCCCGCAGAUGGGCAUCUCACUGCGACAAACAUGUCGAGCAUCUGCUGCCUGCUGGUCUGGAGACCAAGCAACUACGUCUCCAUGUACACCGCCGGAGAUGUUCACUGGCAACUCGAACAGCGGAUAGCCUCGUGGAUGCAAUACGAGCGAAACCAGCCGCUCGGGGACAAAGCCGUGACGGUCAUGAAGCUCAGCCAUCUCCACCUUACAUGCUGGAUCAGCUAUAUGCAGAGCUGGCAAAAGAACGUAAGAGACGAUCACCAAGGUGCCAACAUAAGUUCAGCGCGCGAGAUCUUUGACCGAAUCCGGGAGCAGUAUCAGGAUGUUUGCGACACGUUGGAAUCAGUAGGCUUCAGCAGUGAAGAUGUGCCAUUACCGUACUUUGUUGAGCUGAUCAGUGGAGACUUGCAAAAUCAUGGAAAUACAGAGGAGCACUACUGGCGGAAUGAGGGGGUACGAAUUAGGAGGCACAUUUUCAACAGCUUGAGAGCUGAGAUUCUUCCUGUCCUGGCCUUUGAGUUUCACGAACUGUAUCUUUGGACACAGAGUCUAAAAGACUACGUUACUUUCACCAUUGUGGGCGCUGAGAGGAAUGCAGAUUAUAACAGAGUUCAAUUUCGAUACAGUGGACAAUCAGUCUGUACCAUGGAAAAGAAGGCUUGGGAAAGGCAGGUUAUUGAUUUCUAUCAUCCUGAAUUUGUCGCCGAUUCUGUCCCUGGCCAGAGUCAUUCUCGCAAUGAUUCUACAUUCUCGUGGGACUCAAUGGCAGAAGACAUUGCUCUCUUGAAUCUGCGCAGCCGAGACGAGGAAGGAAUCAUGAAACCCCAAAGCUCGAAGCCCCAUUACCUUGUUGCCGAAGGCGUGAAAGGAGGAGGGUCCUUGGAUCCCAACGACACCACUGCUGUGCCUAGAUCCAAUCCCCUGCACACAUUUAUUCGCCAGUUGCCGCGGCAUCGAAUCGCGCUGGUGUCUCGACCAGGCUCCGAUCCCCCUUCGUCUUCCCUUGCGGGCCCUAUCAAGGUUGCUCUCGACGAAACGGACGAGUGGCAAUUGUGGAUGCGCACCGUCAUGUUCGCGCGCCCCGAGCCCAGGACCAGAUCUGAAAAGCCUCUGAUCUUUUUUAGGGCUUCGGAAUGGCCCCUCUCAGCCACUACGCCGAUCAACUUUUCCAUGACGACCAAUAUUGACAUUGGCGACGGGCUACUCGUGACGCUGACUUGCGACACUAGUACAGCAUCAAAGGCACUGGGGGUCGAGCAGAGUAUCAUCAAUGCUAUGGUUGCCGGUGUUGGCAUCAUGCCGAUGGGCAUCGACGUAACGCUCACUCCAGCUUCUUCCUGGACCCUUGGUCGGGUUGCCGAGUUGAUGAGGUUUUCGCAUAGCAAGACCAUCACUUUCCUUCAAAAUCUUCCCCUUGAGCCGGUCAAUGCUUCCUCAUCCGGCCAAAAUGCCGUCUGGCACGCAGCAGGCGCAAUGCAUCAGACCAUGAUUGACCUCGAGUUCAAGAUACCGAAAGAGGCUCACGACAAAUUUUCCGAAUGGAUCAACGCCACUGGGCUGGAGCUCACAAUUGUCAGCGUCACAGUAAGAGCUCGUCGCAGCGGAUACUAUCGAUGGGCCCGUCCGCAAAAGAAGCCACAGAGCGAAGCAAACAAAGACCCCGACGGCGACCGCAUCGAAAAUCAGAGCACGAUGCUUACAAAGGGGUCCAUUUCAUUUACCGUAGCAGUAACGCUCUCAGGAUACGCAUUUACGAUGAGGAUCGACAUUGCCAAUGACUAUGUCCAGUUUUCCUUGCAACGUGAUGUGGCCGAUCCCGGCGAGAGCGAGCUGGGAAAAUUACUUCGAUGGGCGGCCAGAGCUUUGAGAAACACGAACGACCAGGCAUCCAGCCUGGGCCUCAAUGCAAAGGGCGACUACGAAGGCAGCUCAUGGGCUUCCUGCGAGCACUGGAUUGAAGCCGCUGCGGAUUUUCUCGGCGCGGUCCGGCCGCGUCUCAUCCAGUUUACCAUUGCGUACGAUUCAAACGGCAAGAUGCAGGGCCUCUCGGAUGCAUCCAUCAUUCUUCAGGUCGACCUGAAGACGGGGGUCCCGGAUGACAAGAACACCGUCGUCUUCUUCUUGACCUUUGGUUGGAACACCCAUGGCGCCUCGAUGGGCGGAAGGCUUUGGUGCGCUCCUGACCCCGACUCUAUGUGGGACAAUUUCGAAACUGCGUUGCCGGGAUAUGAGAAACGUUGGCACCUGGAGCCCGUGAAUCCCGAAAAAGCCAUGGAUCAUGUGGACUUGAAGAAGCUGCUGGGGAUCACGGACCUUCCUGCCGGCGUGCCCACCGAGGUCACCGAGGCCGAGAUACGGCUUGACGGCAAGACCAUGACGUUCAAAGGAGCGCUUUCCUGCUCCUACACCGGCAAGGAGCCUGCGCAGGUCCCCAUGCUCAAACUCGACAGGCUUGAGCUCUACGCCGAAAGGACGUGGGCGGACAAGAAAACCGGUACGCCGGCGACGUGGCAGGUCAGCCUUGGCAUAAACAUGCUGCUUUACCCGCUGGCCAAGGACGCAGCUGCGCUCGACGACGGCAAAAAGCCAGCUUCUGGCGGGGAUGAUGCCCCGUGCCAGCUCACGGGCGAAAUCAGCUACAGCAGCGGCACUGGAAAAGAUGAUUCGACAUGGACUCUGACUGCGGAGAUGGUGGGCCUUAAAGUGAGCCACCUCGCGCAGUUCUGGCCCGAGGGUACCGUGCGCGACUCGGCCAUGGGCAUGCUCUCACACAUCACAGUCAACUCUGCCAGGCUGACGUAUCACUUUGACGCCGGGGACGGGGCCGGGGGGAAAGACUUUGCCUUCGAUGGCGCGGUGACCCUCGGCGGGCUGCGCUUGCGACUUGAUUUUCACUGCAACUCGGCGGCUGGGUGGGAGUUUGGGGCCUACCUCAACCGCGAUACCGAGGAUUCCGCCAGCGUGGGUGACGGCGCUGCCACGGUAGGGUCUAUUCUUGGAGAGAUUGCCGGCAAGGACAGCCUGCCCCUUAUUCCUGGAGAGGUGCUCUCUAUCCCUGUUACGCGGCCGGGGAGCGACGAGGAGACUCUGUCGUUUAGAUGCGUCUUUGUCAAAGAUGCGGUCGAAUCGUUAGACGAUAAGAAGCCAGGCGGAUCCAUUGUGUUUACGGCUUCCAUACACAUCAAUGCCAUUAGCUUGACAAUGAUUCAAUGGCGCGACGUCUCCUGGGACAGGAAUGUACCGUCGAAGCGCGUUAUCAAGGUAUCUCUGAGUGAGCUUGGAACGAUCAAGGCGCCUCUGGUCGGAGAACUCAAGCAGCCAUUCGAGCAGCUCGCUUACAUGUGGGUGUCAGACAAUGCGUCGGCCAAAGUUCAACCCAAACCGAAGACGGGAGAUGCGGGCGCCGAACUGUCAACACACUUUUCCAACCUGGCUGAAAAGAGCAAACUCGUUGCCGGGAUCAGAAAGAGAGAGGUUCUUCUUCUGAACAAGGUCCUCAAGAAUCCAUCCGACACGCUCUUCUUCAAGUCCAAUGCCGCCGAUCCAGAUAAGAUCAAGCCCCAGGAUUUCGUCGUCGAAGCCGGCUCGCACUUUAUGGUUAUUGCAAAGAAUGACAAGGAAGAAGUCGUCGCCGUGCUAGACUACGUGUUUGCUCGACCCAGACCUCCCUCUCCGCCCAAACAACUCGAAUACGGAGCCUUUGCGGACGCAGAGACGCCUUCGAAAGAGCCGGCCAAAGCACCGCUCAAGAAGAGCGCGGGACCGCUCUCCAUUGAAAAUAUAGGCCUGACGUUUGAUCUGGACAACAACAGGCUGGGCAUUGUUCUGGACGCGACCUUCUUGCUCGGCCCGAUAGGCUUAGCCCUGCUUGGCUUCGGGGUCAGCGCCAAGAUAGAGGCACCUAAGAAGACGUCCAGACUCGGACAUGGUGUAAGCACGGCGGACGAGGUCACGAGCAGCGGCUUCGGAUCGGUGCCGCUCUCUAGUCCACAAGUUACGCUGGCUGGCCUGAUGGUGUCGUUUGACAGACCCCCGGUGACAGUGGCCGGGGGCUUUGUUCGUACCAAGAUGGAUGACGCUACUUACUACGCCGGCGGGCUGAUUGUUGGCUUUGUCCCAUGGCGGAUUCAGGCCAUGGGCGUCUAUGGCGAGGUUCCCAAGAAGCUCGGGAAGCAGCAGGUUGGACAAGCUCGAAAACACGGGCGGUCUUUGACGUUUGGCGUGACCGAGCUGUCUAGUGACUGUGAGGGCGAAGACGCUGUUGAAGAGCUGAACAGUGAGAAGCCGGUAGAGACGUUUACCAUGUUCUUUGUCAUACUGAAGAUCGAGGGCCCCCUGUUUAGCGUCGGAUUCGCAGACAUUUCUGGACUGACGGCCGGUGUCGGCGUCAACACGUCUAUGCGUCUGCCAACCGCGGAAACUGUACUCGACUUCCCCUUUACCAAACCUUCUGGCACGCCGGCUCCGUCAGAAGGACCAUUGGCUACGCUCAAAUCCCUCAUACGACCCCCCGAAGGGGUUGAGCCUUGGUUCUCCCCCCGCGAAGGCUCGUUCUGGAUCGCGGCAGGCCUCAAAGCGACGGCCUUUUCGCUCAUGGCCGUCGACGCUGUGCUUGUCGUCACCAUGAACCCCUCGAUCCAGCUCGGCAUCUUCGGCGUCGCCACCAUUGACGUGCCUAGUCUCGUGGCGCCAGUCAAGUUUGCGCAUGCUGAGCUUGGAAUUGCAUGCGUGUUCGACCCAGCUGCCGGAGCCUUCCGGUUCGAUGCCCAACUGUCCCCGAGAAGCUAUGUGCUGCACGAGAGCUGCCACCUCACGGGCGGCAUGGCGUUUUACGCCUGGGCCAAGACGGGAGACUUUGUCUUGACACUGGGGGGUUACCACCAGGCCUUUGUCCCGCCGGCUGCUUAUCCCAACCCGCCGAGACUGGGCAUUGACUGGUCGCUGAGCGAUCACUUGCGCAUCUCGGGCGAGGCCUACUUUGCGGUGACGCCGCGCAUGUGCAUGGGAGGAGGCAAGCUGAACGCCGCCCUCAGCCUGGGCCCGCUGACGGCGUGGUUUGACGCUUUCCUCGACUUUCUGAUCAACUUUCGCCCGUUCAAGUUUGCGGCCGACGGGGGGAUAUCCGUGGGUGUCCGCUUCAGCCUCGACCUGUGGCUGGUGACCAUCCGCAUCAGCGCGGAGAUUGGCGCCACCUUGAGCGUCCUGGGGCCGCCGAUGGCCGGAAGGGUUCAUGUGGACUUUUGGGUGUUUGGGUUCGACAUUGACUUUGGCGACCGUGAUCGCGCCCUGAGAGAAGGCGCUGUGGGCAUGUUGACGCUGGACGCCUUCAAGGAGCUGGCGCUCAACGACACGGGAGCCGCCAAGACGGGGGUGCCGAUGAUGGGGGACUGGGUGGAUGUCAAGCGCCACGGUCAUGGCGACGACGGCCAAGUCGGCUCCGACGAGGACGACGGCAAGAAGAACAAAACCAGCGAGAGAUUCCUGUUCAACUGCUUGGCUGGCCUCCUUCCCGACGCCGCUCCGGACGGAAAAGGCCAGGGGAGCAACGCGUGGAUGGCCACCAUGUUUGACGACGGGUCGGCGGUCCCAGAGUCAGCCUGGGCCGUCAAGGCCGGCGAGCUGGAGUUUGGCAUCACGCUCGCCUUUGCCGCCAGCGCUGCCACGAUCUACGACCAGCGCCCGACCGCCCGCACAAAGGAGCUCAAGGUCGACAUCCCGGCCGAGCAGCAGAAGAUCUUUGCUCUGCCCAUGAAGCUCACCGAGAAGAUUGAGUCCACCGUCAAGGUCAGAAUUUGCCGGAGCGCCAAGUGCACCGCCUUCCGGCCGCUGAACGACCAGCAGCGCCGAGAUGACAGGUGGCUGGUCAAGCCCGUCAUCAAAAACGUGCCCAAGAAUCUCUGGGGAGAAUACGACCCCAGGACAGAUCCGGCGCUGCAGGGCAACGCCGUGGCCUCGUUGCUGAACGCGCCCAAGGCCGCGGGCUGCGUCGCUCUCGUCAUGGGCCUCACAUUCCAGCCGCCGCUGCCGUUCAUCUCCCGGGACCGGGUGCCCAAGUUCAACAUUGUCAGGGACAUGCUUCUGCGGGUCAAGAACGAAGGGUACGCGUGGAAAGACUUGGACGGAAAGGCGGACAAGGCGUGGAGUCCGAUGGCAAGAGGGGAGGAGGCCGAGCAGGAGUGGGAGCGGGUGCGCAAGGUCUGGGACACGCAGGAGACGGAGGCGAGGGCCAGCAGCGUAGUGAGGCUAUGGAGCCAGAGGAUGGGCUGGAAGAGCGGCGGGGAUGCGGGCAGCCAGCUUGCGGGAUGUAGACCCAGGGGUCUGUUGGCGAGGUUUGACGAUGUCGUUCCAGCGGCGCCAAUGCUUGCGGUAGGCGCGGCAUAG